CUCCGGUCGCAGUGCUCCUCGCAGGUCACCCUUGUGUGUGCAUCCCACCACUGCCUUCAAUACCACGUUAUCACUUCAGAGGGUCACGCCCUGUUGUACUUAUAUCGGCGCCGGUCUGCUUGCUGGAGAGAGCUGCAGCCCGGAACGGGCGGCCUACACUUCCCCUUACCUUUGCUUCAUCAACCAUAUCAGCCAGCACAAGCGCCUGCGCGCAACGGCGAGGCUCGUGCGUUCUCCAGCAUGGACAACCUUGAAGGCGCGUCGCCGCAGUACAUCCGCCUCUCGCGCACCAUCGCCAUCCUCGCAAAGUCGGCCGCACAAGUGCACCGGCUCGCGAUCAUCCGAUGCAUCCAAGAAGCCGGCUUCUCUAUCCUCGAGGAACGCAUGGAGGAGUGGAGGCAUCCGGACGAUGAAGACUUUCUCAGCGAGUUCCUUGCUUGCGAGGCAGACGAGCGCAAGUGGGUCAAUCGUCUGACUGGAUGCCCUAUCUACGUCAUGGUACUUGAGCGCAAGAGCGCGCCAGCGAUGUGGCUCGACAUGAUUGGUCUCGGGCAGCGAGAACAAGUUGGCGCGAUGGAUGCACGGGACUCCGUUACCCCACGUUCAGAUGGGCUGCGCGCGAUGUACGGUACCGAAUGCUUCUACGGAUCGCCUUCUCUUGUGGGUGCGGAGCGCCAGAUUGCCAUCUGCUUCCCCGAGCUUUCUGAUGGCUACGUCGUAGCGGAUCCGUUCGCACCCAGCGACACCGUUCUCGUGCAGGCGAACGACGUGCUGUACGAUGAAGACGGGCGUGCAUUCGACGCCAACAACGGCGAGGAGCUCGAUCUACAAGAAGAGAUAUCUCUGCCUCAGAUUGAAAACUCGAUGUACAGAAGUGGCUCCGGGUCACAAGGAACCAACUCCGCUGGCAUCAGCCCUCCCAAAGUCUUUCGUGCGCGACCGAUCCCAUCUAGCGUUGCCAAGCCAUCGAUCCAGCCACGCAUGUCGCGAGCCGCAGCGUUGCGCAUGGGCAUCGAGCUCCCUGCUGUGCCGAGGCGUGACGCGAGCAGCUCAUCCACCUCGUCGUCUUUGGGGCCCGUGGGCAUCUCCGGUUUCCCCAGGGCGGAUGUAGCAUCGCCCAAGUCCCUCGUCAAGCCAACCGUGGCGCCGCGCAUGAACAAAGCCGUCGCAGCUCGCCUCGGCGCCUUGGCGGGUGGAGCAGAGGCGACGGCAUACAGCACGCCUCCGCCGGUCUCUGCUCGUGAGCGCGUUGCAGUCGAUUUCAGCAGCACGCCCGGCCACAAGCGCGCGAGCAGCGGGAUCAAACUGGCCAGCUUGCAGACUCCGACGAUCACCCCCCGGACAAACAAGGCUGCUGCCGCUCGCCUUAGUGGGUCUACUCCUUCUGUCUCGACACCCACUGGCGGUAACAGUGUCAAGUCGACACCUCCUUCGGCCUUCUCGCCUUUACCAAGGACGGGGAGCAUGAACAGGACCGUCAGCUCGUCGCAGUGCAGCGCUGGGCCAAGGGAGCGUAGGGAGGUCGACUUUUCGAAUACACCGGGCCAUAAGCGGACCGUUUCUGCGGCCGCUCGACCAGCGUCUCUGCGCGCGCCAUCCAUCGAGCCUCGCCUCAACAAGGCCGCAGCGGCACGGACUGGCCGCCCACAGAGCUCCGCCGGCCUCCCAGCAGGACGGGAUGGAGCGAACGGCAAUGUCAAGGAGAAUGCUUCUCCUGCACGCAACAGUACAUCGAUGAGGGGCAGGGUUGUGGACUUCUCCAAUACCCUGGGGCACAGGCGGUCGUCCAUCUCGAACAUGCCACCCCUCGCAUCGCUUAAAGCACCGUCUAUCGCACCGUGGUCGAAUGCUGCUGCUGCAGUGCGCGCACGGCCGCCAAGCAGAAGCAGCUCGGCGCUUGGCCAUCACGCUCGCCAGCAACAGCGCUCCGGGUCGACGCUUGGGUUUGCUAGCAGUGGUGGCCCCGCAGCCAUGCGCACCGGCGGUUCUAGCAUCGAUGCCGCCACUUCUGCUGCGGUGAAUAGAUCGAUUCGCUCCAAAUUCCCACCGUCGUCGUAUCGCCAUUCCAUGAUGAGCUUCCCUUCGCAGCCGGUCUCGCGCGGGUGACGUUCAGCAAGAUACUUCUUUCUCUCCGAGCUGAAUAGCCUCUUCUUGGUCGAGCCUUCUUUCGCCUUUUGAUCGUCUUCGCAGCACGUUAUACGCAGCUUUCGUUUGUUUCCCCUCGGAUCUUUGCGCCUGGGCUGGAUCCCAGGACUCCCGAUUGCAGUUCAGAUUUGGCGUGUGCAUGUUUAUCUGUUCACUCUUAUUCUCUCGUCUACGUCGCAGUAGUGCAGCUGUCAAUAUAUGUAUUGUUUUUAUAGGACAUUU